AUGCUCCGUAAACUACAGUGUCCACAUAUACAAGCUGCACAGCGCCUGGUUCUAAAAAAAUUCACAAUGCUGCUCUUCUGUGCAGCCAUGACAAUCAGCUUUAUUGUGAUAUACCAGAGUUUUCCUCCAGCUGAUGCUAGCAGAUUUGCCAGGAGCACUUUGGAACUGGAGGCAGAGAUACGGAAAAUGGACCACAAGAUUCAGUUUUUGGAACAAGGAAAGAAGACAUACCCUGAAGUGAAAUUUUUAACAUACAAGGAUCGAAAACGGAUCUUGAUAACUGGGGGUGCAGGCUUUGUUGGCUCCCAUCUUGUAGACCGUCUUAUGAUGCAGGGUCAUGAGGUCACUGUGGUUGAUAACUUUUUUACUGGCCGUAAACGAAAUGUGGAGCACUGGAUUGGGCAUGAAAACUUUGAGCUGCUUCAUCAUGAUAUUGUCAACCCCCUGUAUAUCGAAGUGGACCAGAUCUACCACUUGGCUUCCCCAGCUUCUCCACCUAAUUACAUGUACAACCCCAUCAAGACACUGAAGACCAACACUGUGGGUACCAUCAAUAUGUUAGGUCUGGCCAAGAGAGUCCGAGCACGGCUGUUGUUAGCAUCCACAUCAGAGGUUUAUGGAGACCCUGAGUUGCACCCCCAGAGUGAAGAGUACUGGGGGCAUGUGAAUCCCAUUGGACCCCGUGCUUGUUACGAUGAAGGUAAACGGGUGGCUGAGACAAUGUGUUAUGCAUAUGAAAAGCAGGAAAAAGUGGAAGUCAGGGUAGCACGCAUCUUCAAUACUUUUGGGCCGCGUAUGCACAUGAAUGAUGGUAGAGUUGUUAGCAACUUCAUCCUUCAGGCACUGCAAAAUGAAUCAAUAACUAUUUAUGGUGAAGGCGCACAGACAAGAUCAUUUCAGUAUGUGAGUGACCUUGUCGAUGGUCUCAUGGCCUUGAUGAAUUCAAACUACUCUCAGCCAGUGAACCUUGGCAACCCCGAGGAGCAUACCAUCAUGGAGUUUGCCAAAAUCAUACUGACACUUGUAGGUGGAGAAAGUAAGAUAAUCAAGAAAACAGCAAUGGAGGAUGAUCCACAGAGGAGGAAGCCAGAUAUAACUCGAGCUAAAACUGUCCUCAAAUGGGAACCUAAGAUCCCCCUGAUGGUUGGACUCAACAAAACCAUUGAAUAUUUCCAAAAUGAGCUCAGGAGAUCACGACACAGUGAACGCAAUUUUCACAUGCCAGAGAACAUUGCCUUGAUGUCUUAUUGA